GUGACUAAUACAGUCUUGAUGUUUGAAAAAUUAAUUAAAAGUGCUGAAAAAAACAAUAUAACUAAAGAAAUUAACACAAGAAAAAAAAUAAGAGAACAUUCUUCUGAUUUAAAUCGCCCAAUUCAAAAAGAUGAUACAAAAAUUAUAACUACCGAUAUAAAAGUUCCUAAUGGUACAACUCCAGUAACCAAUCAAAACGAGGAACUGAAAAAGAAGAAGUUUAAAGGAAUUUCGAACAAAAUUUCUUUUUUUGAAAAGAAAGCAACAAUAAAUAAGAAUUCUAACAAUAUGAUCCAUAAUCAACGCGAAAAUCUAUUGGGUAAAGUUAAUAAACUAGACAAUAAUAAAGAACAUGUAAAUAAUGUACGAAGUAUAAAAAAGAACAAGACAGAUAAUGAUGCCAAGAAAAUUGAAAACCCAGAAAAAAGCAACCAAACAUUUCAAAUUAAAGUUAAGGGUGAAAGAUACGUAGAAAGAAAUUUUACACCAGACGUACAAAAUACAAAUACUAUAGACAGUCUAGAAACAAACAAAGAAACACUUCAAGUAGAAGGUAACGGUGAACAAUACAUAUUAGGAGAAAGAGAAUACAAACAAGACCAACACAUUACAGAAGAAGAGAACGAAAAUGAUACAGAAGGUAAGAUAACUUAUAACGUAAAAGAAAGAAGCGAAACAUUUCGAAUUGAAGGUAAGGCUGAACGACACAUACAGGAAGAAAUAGAUUUUGUACAUGAGCAAGAUAUGACAGAGAGGAACAAAAUAGAUAAUAAUGAUAGGGUAACAGAUAGCAUAGUAUUAAACAACCAAACACCUCAAGUAGAAGGUAAUGGUGAAAAAUACAUAUUUGGAGAAAGUGAAUACAAACAAGACCAACACAUAACAGAAGAAGAGAACAAAACUAAGGAUGACAUUUCAAUCUAUACAGAUGAAGGUUUAUCACCCAUUUUUCAAGUCAAUAACUUGUCAAAAACGGCAAAAAUUAAUAAAAAGAAAAGGAAAAGGAAAGGAAAGAAAUCUUCUCGAAGAAUGUGAAAAAUUAAACAAUUGUAUACAAAUCAAAUUAUUUCAAUAUAACUCUUAAAAAUGAAGAUUAACAUUUUAAGUUAACUUAUAAAUUAAACA